CGCGCACUCUUGGCAAAGUUUCAGUGCGACCGGAGGCGCGGGGCGCUGCGCGGCCGCGCCGAGACGGGGCCCCAGCCGCCUGCGCGCCCGGCCCGGCCCGGCCCUGCCGCCCGCCCAGCAUGGAGGCGCCCGCCGGCGCGCGGACCCCGCACCCGCACGAGCCCAUCCGCUUCGGCAUCGACCAGAUCCUCAACGGCCCGGACCAGGACGGCGCGCCCGCCCCGCGGGGCCCCGACGGCGCCGGCUACCUGGGGCCGCCCCCCGGGGGCCGCGCGGGCGCCGCGUACCCGGCCCUGCCCGCCUCCUUCGCCGGCCUCGCCGCGCCCUUCGAGGACGCGGGCUCCUACGGCGUCAACCUGAGCCUGGCGCCCGCCGGGGUCAUCCGGGUGCCGGCGCACAGGCCGCUGCCGGGGGCCGUGCCGCCGCCGCUGCCCAGCGCGCUGCCCGCCCUGCCCGCCGUGCCCGCCGUCUCCAGCCUGGGCGGCCUCAACUUCCCCUGGAUGGAGAGCAGCCGCCGCUUCGUCAAGGACCGCUUCACAGCGGCCGCCGCGCUCACGCCCUUCACGGUGACCCGGCGCAUCGGCCACCCCUACCAGAACCGGACGCCGCCCAAGCGCAAGAAGCCGCGCACGUCCUUCUCCCGCGUGCAGAUCUGCGAGCUGGAGAAGCGCUUCCACCGCCAGAAGUACCUGGCCUCGGCCGAGAGGGCGGCGCUCGCCAAGUCGCUCAAGAUGACGGACGCGCAGGUCAAGACCUGGUUCCAAAACCGGAGGACCAAGUGGCGGCGGCAGACGGCGGAGGAGCGCGAGGCCGAGCGGCAGCAGGCCAGCCGGCUCAUGCUGCAGCUGCAGCACGACGCCUUCCAGAAGAGCCUGGGCGACGCCAUGCAGCCCGACCCGCUCUGCCUGCACAACUCCUCGCUCUUCGCGCUGCAGAACCUGCAGCCGUGGGAGGAGGACGGCGCCAAGGUCCCCGCGGUGCCCUCGCUGGUGUGAGCCGC